CGUCAGCUUGCCCUUCAAGUUGUACUGCCUCACGGUGAUGACCCUGGUUGCUGCCACGUACACCGUAGCCCUGCGGUACACGCGCACCGUGGAGACCGAGCUCUACUUCUCCACCACGGCUGUGUGCAUCACUGAAGUCAUCAAGCUAUUCCUAAGUGUGGGCAUCUUGGCAAAAGAAACUGGAAGUCCUGCAAGGUUAAUGACAUCUUUAAAAGAAAAUGUGUUGGGAAGUCCUAAGGAAUUGCUAAAAUUAAGCGUUCCAUCUUUGGUGUAUGCGCUCCAAAACAACAUGGCUUUUGUGGCUCUUAGCAACUUGGAUGCAGCAGUUUACCAGGUGACGUACCAGCUGAAGAUCCCGUGCACAGCCCUGUGCACAGUGCUGAUGCUGAGCCGUUCCCUGAGCAAGCUGCAGUGGCUCUCGGUGUUCAUGCUGUGCGGCGGCGUCACGCUCGUGCAGUGGAAGCCUGCUCAGGCUACCAAGGUGCAGGUGGAGCAGAAUCCCUGGCUAGGAUUUGGAGCAAUUGCUGUUGCUGUCUUAUGCUCAGGAUUUGCAGGAGUUUAUUUUGAAAAGGUUUUGAAGAGUUCAGAUACUUCCUUAUGGGUGAGGAAUAUUCAGAUGUACUUGUCUGGGAUUGUGGUGACUUUAUGUGGUGUCUACAUGUCAGAAGGAGCCCAAGUUCUUGAGAAAGGCUUCUUCUACGGCUAUACAUCCUACGUCUGGUUUGUCAUAUUUCUUGCCAGCGUGGGCGGCCUCUACACAUCUGUGGUCGUUAAGUACACGGAUAACAUCAUGAAAGGCUUCUCCGCGGCUGCAGCCAUCGUCCUUUCCACCAUCGCCUCCGUCGUCCUCUUUGGGCUGCAGAUCACUCUUACCUUCUUCCUGGGUGCUCUCCUGGUGUGUAUUUCUAUUUACCUCUAUGGAUUACCUCGACAAGACACUACAAAAAUCGAGCCCUCAGAGACCAAGAGCUCCAAAGAGAGACUGGUUACUGUGUGACACUGUCCGUGACAAAAGG